AUGGUCUCUCGCCAGGCGCAAAAGAGACUCAACAAAGAGUACAAGUCGAUCCAGGCCAACCCACCCCCUUUCAUUCAUGCCAAACCCAACGAAGAAAAUAUCCUAGAGUGGCACUACAUCAUCACAGGGCCCCCCUCCACCCCCUACGAAGGCGGCCAGUACCAUGGGCUUCUUCGAUUCCCACCAGACUACCCUUUUGCUCCACCUGCAAUCACGGUGAUCACGCCCAACGGAAGAUUUGCCUGCAACACCCGACUCUGUCUCAGCAUGAGUGACUACCACCCAGACACGUGGAACCCAGCGUGGUCGGUGGCCACGAUCUUGACUGGGUUGUUGAGUUUUAUGACUGGAGAGGACAGUACGACAGGAUCGAUCGUGACCAGCGAAAAGGUGAAGCGGCGAUUGGCCCGCGACAGCAAGAAGUGGAACAACGACAAUGCCAGGUUCAGAAGCAUGUUUCCGGAUUUGGUGGAGCUGAACAAAGCAGCCAUAGCAGAAGCGGAGCGCCUCCAGAAAAAACUAGAGGAGAAAAAGGCGCUGGCGGUGCAUGCAAACACAAAAGUGGACUUGGGUCAGUUGAGCCCGGAGGACAGAGCACGGCUUCAAGCCUACGACUCAGAGGUCCCACGGAAGGGCGGGUAUGUUGCGUUAGGCAGUGUUUUGUUGGCUGCAAUUGUAGCAGCUUACUUUUGGUAUUAG